AUGAGUCUAGAAAUCAAUCUUGAGGAUUUCCCAAACUUGCUUUCCGUUUUCGAGGAAAUUGAACGGAGAGAAUUGCGGAGAUCAUUUCCCAGUGUUGAUCCUGAACUGGAAAACCUCCUCAAUCGAGAAAGGAAACCAAGAGCCUUUACAACGUUGGAAGGAAAGCCAGAAGAGCGUAACACUGAUCCCGAGUUGUCUAAACAAGAUGGAAGGCAAAGAACCUCUUCAGCAAAAAAAAUACCCACGGCAUUAGGUGGCAAAGCAGGGAAAUUGCACAAGUCAAACAGAGCAACAGAAACUUCAGGGAAACACAAACGCCUCAGCCGACGCGCCAGUGAACCAGUCCGUCACACGUUGGACGUUUCACAAUCGCGUUUUCGAAUUCACAGCGAGCCGCCGUAUCUUCCUGUUGAUCGUGACACGCUGUUAACAGAUAGGCGAUUUACUAACGCUGCCAGGAACUUAAGUGACGAAGAACUGGCUGAGUUGUACGAAGAUAUUUUAAAGCCUUUGGAUUUCUAUGCCAUGUUGCAUGAAAGGAGAAAGCAGUCGUAA